UCAGAAAGAUUUUAUCAAAAUAAAUUUAAUAUAAUGGAUAUAAUGGAAACAUCUAAUGAAUCUAAAAAUAUUUUAAAUUCAGAUUUUGAUAUUAACUCAUUAAAAAUUAUACCAAUCGAUUUAUCAUCAAUUUAUUAUGGUUAUGAACCUUUGGCAUUCAUUAUUGAUAAUGUAUUGACAUUAGAAGAAUGUAAUACAUUAAUAAAUCUUUCUGAAAAUGAUCCUAAUAUAAAAUAUGAAGAAGCUUUACUUAAUAUUGGUGGAGGAAAACAAAUUUCUGCAAAAGAUGUAAGGAAUAGUUCAAGAUAUAUUAGGGAUGAUUUUAUUUUAUCAUCUGAAAUAUUUAAUAGAAUAUCUCAUGUAUUACCUCAAACUUGGCAAAGGCGUAAAAAAUCAUUCCCUAUAUCUUGUUUAAAUGAACGUUUACGUUUUUUAAAAUAUAAAAAAGGAGAAUUUUUUAAAAAUCAUCAAGAUGGUAUGUAUAGACGUGAUGAUGGUAGUGAAACUUCUUUUGUUACUUUACAAUUAUAUUUAAAUGAAGGUUAUCAAAGGUGGUGAAACUACUUUUCUUAAUAAUUCAUUAAAUGUUAGAAUACCUGUAGUUCCAAAACCUGGUAGAGUACUUAUAUUUGAACAUCAAUUACUUCAUGAAGGUUCAAAACUUAUUGAUGGUAUUAAAUAUGUUAUUAGAACUGAUAUUAUGUAUAAAACCGCUCAGUAAUUUUGUG